AUGGCAUCACCAUUCCCGUCCCUGCCUGCAUUCGCAGCACACCUGUCACGCGAGGUUGACAUUGUGUUUCCGGUCAUCCACGGGAAAUUCGGGGAGGACGGGGGUAUACAGGUGGGUGGGUUUGCUUCAGCCGUAAACUGCUAUGCCCGCACCAUUACAGCACACCUGUCACGCGAGGUUGACAUUGUGUUUCCGGUCAUCAACGGGAAAUUCGGGGAGGACGGGGGUAUACAGGUGGGUGGGUUUGCUUCAGCCGUAAACUGCUAUGCCCGCACCAUUACAGCACACCUGUCACGCGAGGUUGACAUUGUGUUUCCGGUCAUCCACGGGAAAUUCGGGGAGGACGGGGGCAUACAGGUGGGUGGGUUUGCUUCAGCCGUAAACUGCUAUGCCCGCACCAUUACAGCACACCUGUCACGCGAGGUUGACAUUGUGUUUCCGGUCAUCCACGGGAAAUUCGGGGAGGACGGGGGCAUACAGGUGGGUGGGUUUGCUUCAGCCGUAAACUGCUAUGCCCGCACCAUUACAGCACACCUGUCACGCGAGGUUGACAUUGUGUUUCCGGUCAUCCACGGGAAAUUCGGGGAGGACGGGGGCAUACAGGUGGGUGGGUUUGCUUCAGCCGUAAACUGCUAUGCCCGCACCAUUACAGCACACCUGUCACGCGAGGUUUACAUUGUGUUUCCGGUCAUCCACGGGAAAUUCGGCGAGGACGGGGGCAUACAGGUGGGUGGGUUUGCUUCAGCCGUAAACUGCUAUGCCCGCACCAUUACAGCACACCUGUCACGCGAGGUUGACAUUGUGUUUCCGGUCAUCCACGGGAAAUUCGGCGAGGACGGGGGCAUACAGGUGGGUGGGUUUGCUUCAGCCGUAAACUGCUAUGCCCGCACCAUUACAGCCCACCUGUCACGCGAGGUUGACAUUGUGUUUCCGGUCAUCCACGGGAAAUUCGGGGAGGACGGGGGCAUACAGGUGGGUGGGUUUGCUUCAGCCGUAAACUGCUAUGCCCGCACCAUUACAGCACACCUGUCACGCGAGGUUGACAUUGUGUUUCCGGUCAUCCACGGGAAAUUCGGCGAGGACGGGGGCAUACAGGUGGGUGGGUUUGCUUCAGCCGUAAACUGCUAUGCCCGCACCAUUACAGCCCACCUGUCACGCGAGGUUGACAUUGUGUUUCCGGUCAUCCACGGGAAAUUCGGGGAGGACGGGGGCAUACAGGUGGGUGGGUUUGCUUCAGCCGUAAACUGCUAUGCCCGCACCAUUACAGCACAGCUGUCACGCGAGGUUGACAUUGUGUUUCCGGUCAUCCACGGGAAAUUCGGGGAGGACGGGGGUAUACAGGUGGGUGGGUUUGCUUCAGCCGUAAACUGCUAUGCCCGCACCAUUACAGCACACCUGUCACGCGAGGUUGACUUUGUGUUUCCGGUCAUCCACGGGAAAUUCGGGGAGGACGGGGGCAUACAGGUGGGUGGGUUUGCUUCAGCCGUAAACAGCUAUGCCCGCACCAUUACAGCACACCUGUCACGCGAGGUUGACAUUGUGUUUCCGGUCAUCCACGGGAAAUUCGGGGAGGACGGGGGCAUACAGGUGGGUGGGUUUGCUUCGGCGAGGACGGGGGCAUACAGGUGA